UCAUCACCGAAGCAGUCGCUGACGGUAGUUUGAACAUGAAAAUGAUGAAAAAGAAAAAAAGAGAGAAGAGUGCUGCAGAAAAGGCAGCAAAGCCCCUCAAAGCCUCAAAAUUGCAGAAAACAUGAUGGAGGAAAAGCAACACCAUAUUUAUCAAGUACUUUUGUAGGAUGAACCAAAAGGUCACAAUUUGAAAGACUUUUCAGGCAGGGAUUUCUUUCUAGCUUUCAAGGAACUUUCCAAUAUUGAUAAUAAAGAGCAUGAAUUCAUGAUUGCCCUAUACAGAAUCAAAACAUAGAGAAAAUGUAAAUGUUCAUGUCUAAUUCCCAUUUUGGGACACAUGAAAAUUAUGUAACUUUUGUCUGUUUUCUAUACUUGUACGAACGCAAUGUUAUGUUACGUUUUUAUAAGUAGAUUGAGUAGUCAUACCUACUUAAAUUCACAAUCAAAUAAUAAAUAAGCAAUAUAUAAUUUUGAGUCACAUAAUUCUUGUUAAUAUGUUAGGGAGUAUUAAUUUCACAAUCCUAAUUUUCAAUUUGACAAAUGAAAAUGAAAUUACACAAUGACACAAAUUGUUCACCAAUAGUAAAACAAAUAGACAUUUUACAUUUUUACAAAUUCAUAUUAGUAAAACACUCAAACAGUCAAGAAUCGAGAUUUCAAUUUCACGCUAUUAGAUACGGAAAUUAAAAUUAAAUAAUUAAAGAAUAAACACUUAACUUACCCGCUGGGGCUGCUGGAACGAUUAGCACAAUUGCAGAUGGCACCCAAAACUCCCAGCGAGCUGAAAAGUGAUAGGUAGACUACCAGGCAGCAAUGGCAGGUGGCGUGCGGGGCUGCAGCGGCGUGAGGUGGGUGCAGCCGAACUUGGGACUUGUGGUACGAGAAGUGCUUCCUUUGAUUUUGCUAAUAUGGGCUGAAAUUGAUUAUUUCAAUGAAGAAACAAAUUUAUCCUUGCGAACAUGUUCUUCCUGAUAAUCCCAUUAAUAUUGUACUUUAGAACAUUCUAAAAACCCUAAUAUUUUUUCGAUUCUCUCUCUAGUGCCGCCGCCGAAGAUGUCUUCAUCCUCCACGCCAGCUACUUCCGCAGCGCCGUCCGUGGUGGUCUCUUCCGCCGCCGGCUUGUCGUCUUCUUCCGUCGCGGCAGGAAUUCCCCUUUCGAUCGGCGCUCCACUUCAGUUUGGAACGCAACCGGCCAUCUCUCCCUUUGCAUCUCCCAGUCGGACUGGCGUGCCUUCUUCCCUUUUUCCGACCAUGCCUCCGGCGUUUCCCUGGCCAGCACCCACUCCAGUGCAGCGGAUGUCCUUGGAUCCGCCCCCCCUUUCGGUCGGGCCUUUUUCUGGACCCACGUUCAUUGGAUCACCGGGAGUCUCCUCUACUCUACCACCUCCUCGGACCACCGUGGGCGGUACAGCUGGUUCCCCCUUGGCAGACCUGGUACACAACAUCUCUCGUGUGGCUACUAAUGUCACCAAUAUUGUUACCACAAACUCCUCGCAGUGGAAGACUAUACUACUUGGUGUACCCGGUUUGAGUCCUUUCUUGUCUCACAAGGUCUUCUUGGCAUGGUUGACGGCUCUAUUCAGGUACCUCCUGCUUAUUCCAUAGAUAUGCUCAACCGUCAAAUUCACAAUCCCGAUUUUUCUAUUUGGCUACGAAUUGAUCAAACAAUUCGCUCAUGGUUAUUUGUCACUCUUUCUCGUGAUGUUCUCAUUGAUGUUCGGGAUUUAAAACACUCUUGUGAAAUUUGGGAACGGUUAGAGUCUCGGUUUAUGUCAGCCAGUUUGGCCAGAUCUAUGGAAUUAAAGCGCUUAUUUUCUCAAAUUAAAAAGAAACCUCAUCAAUCUAUGGAUAAUUAUUUACGGGAGAUUAAAAUUUUGGUUGAUGAUCUUGCUACAAUUAAUUGCCCUGUCCCUCCUCGUGAAGUGCUCAAAACUACUAUUAUGGGGUUGGGACCUGAGUAUGAGUCCCUGUUAACCACUGUCUCGCUUUUUCCCCAAAAUUUUCCUUUUGAGACCCUACGCAAUCAUCUUCUUGAGCUAGAGUAGCGAGUUCUCUACCUUCACUCCCAGGAGUCAUCAUCAAUGCACCAGGCCUUCGGUGUUAUUGCCGCAGGGUUCCAGCCGGCGGGCCAGCAACCGCAGGGACCUCAACAGCCGGGAACACAGCAGCAACGUCCACACGGCCAGCCGCAACGCGGCCACGGUCGCGGUCAUGGCAGGGGACGCGGUGGUCGUGGGCGUGGACAAGGACAACAGGGGGUUCAAUAUGGGCAGCCCAUGUAUUGGUAUCCGCAGCAGGGGCAGCCGGGCUAUGCCCCGGCAAGGGGUGCUCCUUCGAUUCCAGCCGGGUAUUCUCCACAUGCAGGGGGUGUGCCGACUACGGAUACUGUUAUUUGUAAUUCUGCUAUGUCUCAUUUAAAUAUUAAUGCAUUGCAUGUUGGUGUUACUAAUUCCAGUUCUACAGGCUUACCAUCAGACGGGGGUAUUCUUGGUUCUGUUCCCCAUCCCGUUGUGUGUCAAAUUUGCUUUUUUGCAGGUUAUUCUGCGGUUACUUGUCCCUCUCGCUUCACUCAGCCAUCCAGUCUAGCUCUGUUGACUACUCCUGGAGAGUCUAACCCCGCUUUAUGGUUUCCUGAUUCGGGGGCUUCGGCUCACAUGACUGCAUCCGAAGGACAAAGCCUCGGGGGCAAUUCUUCUGCGAGCUUCCAGUAGUGGGCCACUCUAUCCUCUGCAUCUGCCAUCAUCUCCAUCCUUAGUUUUAGCUUCGGUUUUAGCUUCUGGCCCUGUGUGGCAUCGUAGAUUAGGUCACUGUGGAGAUAGUAUUUUGUAAUUUCUUAAACCUCGACAAUUCUUAUGUAGUCACUCCCCUUUUACUCAUGAGUGUGUUGCUUGCCGAUUAGGAAAAUCACAAUGAUUGCCCUUUACGGAUGCUAGUCAUAAUUCUUCUUUUCCAUUACAAAUUAUUCAUUCUCAUGUGUGGCAGUCUCCAAUUUAUUCUAAUUUGGGCUUCAAGUACUAUGUUUGCUUCAUUGAUGAUUAUUCUCGAUUUACUUGGAUUUAUCCCAUGUGUCACAAAAGUGAAGUUUUCAUGCACUUUAAGAAUUUUAAAACUUUGGUUGAAAAUCUUUUUAAUCAUAAAAUUAAAAUUUUUCAAAGUGAUGGGGGAGGCGAAUUUGUUAAUCAUAAUAUGCAGCAAUUUUUCUCAGCUAAUGGAAUUUAUUUUUAAAAAUCUUGUCCUGACACACCUCAACAAAAUGGGGUGGCUGAGAGAAAACACCGUCAUCUUCUUGAAUUAACUCGAACUAUGCUUCUUGAAGCCUCCUUUCCGAGUCACUAUUGGGUUGAUGCAAUUUUUACAGCUGCAUAUAUCAUUAACAGACUACCCUCCCCCACAUUAAAGGGAUUUUCUCCAUACCAAAAACUUUUUCACCGUGUUCCUGACUACUCUUUUAUGCGUGUGUUUGGGUCAGCAUGUUAUCCGAAUUUUUCGGCCACCUCAGCUAAUAAACUUUCACCUAGGUCUGUUCAAUUUGUUUUUCUUGGCUAUGCACCGGGGUACAAGGGCUAUCGUUGUUUGGAUCCUACUACAGGCCGUGUGUAUCUUAGUCGUCAUGUAAGGUUUCACGAGGAUACAUAUCCCUUUAAAACCAUUAGGCAGCCUAUUCCAUCUCUUUCCCCUAACCGACCAUCCCCUAUGGCUCUUACCAACACCUCACCCACACCAUCUGCUCCAACUUCACUCGUUCCCCAACCCUCAGCCGCAGGACAACUUCACUCGUUCCCCAGCUCUCCGCCGUCCUUCUUGCAUUCUACCGCCAGAACGCCUUCCCUAUCUCACCCACUGUCGUCCUCUUCCCCUUCCCCGUCAGCCUGCUCCACCCCGACGUCCUUAACCGUGAGUCCAACCCCUUCUGUUUCAGAAUCUGACAAUAGGACAACCACUCCCAAUUCCUAUUCCCAGCCCAACUCUUCCCACACCGAGACCAGCCCUCCGUCAUCCGCCUCCAUUGCACCCCGAUGGUCCUCAAUCAGCAUCCAAUGCAAACCCGUGCCAAAGCAGGAAUUUUCAAACCUAAACCCAUUUUUAAUCUCAGUACAGUUGUUAUUUCUGCGGAUCCCACUUGUUUUACCGAGGCUAAUAAACAUUUAAAAUGACGGGAAGCAAUGGCUGAUGAAUUUAAUGCCCUCAUUAAUAAUAAUACUUGGGAUCUGGUGCCCUUUGACAAUACUAAGAAUAUUGUUGGCUGUAAGUGGAUUUAUAAAACGAAAUAUCAUUCUGAUGGGUCUGUGGAACGUCAUAAAGCUCGGUUAGUUGCUCAAGGAUUUAAUCAACAGGCUGGUAUUGAUUUUUCUGAAACCUUUAGUCCUGUUUUUAAACCCACCACAGUUCGUAUUGUACUUACCUUAGCUGUAUCUUUUGGUUGGGUUAUUCGUCAGCUUGAUGUUAAAAAUGCCUUUUUACAUGGUCAUUUGAAAGAGGAAUUCUACAUGCGUCAGCCCCGUGGGUUUAUUCAUCCUCAAUUUCCUAAUCAUAUGUGUCGUUUGCGCAAGGCCAUUUAUGGCCUUAAGCAAGCCCCACGGGCAUGGUUUCAUCGGUUUAGUAGCUUUUUAAUUCAGCAUAGUUUUUCUGUAGUAAAUCUGAUAAUUCGUUAUUUAUUUAUUGCCAUAAUAAUUCUAUCAUUUAUUUAUUACUAUAUGUAGAUGAUAUUAUUAUUACUGGCAACUCCCAGUCUACCGUUACCCAGUUUAUCUCUAUUAUUUCUAAACAUUUUGCCAUGAAGGAUCUCGGUAAUCUCCAUUAUUUCUUGGGUCUUGAGGCAGUUCGUUCUCCUAAAGGUCUGUUUCUCUCUCAACAUAAAUAUGUCUCUGAUCUAAUAACACGUUUUCAUCUUCAUACGGCUAAACCCGUUCGCACACAAUUAGCUUCUCGUACUACUCUGUCUCUUUCUGAUGGUGAGUUACUGGUGGACUCUACUGAGUAUCGCAACAUGGUAGGUGCGUUACAAUAUUUAACUUUGACAAGGCCAGAUAUUACUUAUGCAGUACACUUAGUUUCUCAGUUCAUGCAUGCCCCCCGUACUACUCAUCUACUUGCAGUCAAAAGAAUUUUCAGGUACUUGCAGGGGACACGUGAUCAUGGGUUGUGGCUACAACGUUCUACUCGACCCACAUGUGUUGUUGCCUAUUCUGAUGCAGACUGGGCUGGAUGUCCUGAUAGCUCACGGUCCACUACUGACUUUGCUGUCUUUUUGGGUCCUAAUUUAAUUUCUUGGAAAUCCAAGAAGCAGUCCACCGUCUCAAAAUCAUCCACAGAGGCAGAGUAUCGUGCUAUUGCAUACACCGUUCAGGAUACACUCCACAUCAGAUCUGUUCUCUUUGAGCUCGGCUACCCCAUCACAGAACCUGUGCAUCUAUUAUGUGAUAAUAUUUCAGCUUCCUAUCUGACUGCAAAUCCUAUCCAGCAUGCUCGGAGUAAACAUAUCCAAAUUGAUUAUCAUUUUGUUCGUGAACGUGUUGCCCAUGGAGAUCUGAUCGUUCAGCAUGUUCCUACACAUCUACAGUUUGCAGAUAUUUUUACUAAGAGUCUACCUACUUAGCGUUUUCAUUUUUUGAAAGAUAAUCUGCGCGUUGUUUCUCCCACACAGCUUGAGGAGGUGUAAUAGAAUUAUUAGACCAUUAGUAUUUUACUUUACAUUAAACUCUCCUAUUAUAAAUAUAUCUGACAGGGUUCCUUAGAGAGCAUUCUGUUCAAUUAUUU